CAAAAUCUGGCAAUGCGGGAGACGCGCGUCUGGAAAGCAGGAGCGCCGACGCUGGCGCAUUUCGCGCACCCGACGCGAUCCAGAGCAGCAGGAACCCAAGAGCAGCAGCAGCAGCGACGACGACACCGUCAACCACCCAGCAGUGAUGUCGUUCGCGAGCGGGUUGUGUCGCUGAGAGAUGAAUCUUCGCGAGCAUGUAAUCGUUGUUGUCGCCGCCAGCGCCCAAGCGUCGUCGUGCGACCAUGUGUGCCGCCGCGUACGCUACCGAGAUCACGUAAAAGCGGUCGACUUGAGUCCAAAAAGGCCCCGUCGAGCGGCCGAGUGGUGAGGCGUCAUGGCGGGCUCGGCCGUCGACCAGGCGUCGGCGUGCGUCGUGGCCCACGGCCAUGGCUUCCAAAAGAAGACCUUCCACAAGCCCACGUAUUGCCACCACUGCGGCGACAUGCUCUGGGGCCUCAUCCAACAAGGCUUCGUAUGCGAAGUUUGCAACUUCGUAGUGCAUGAGCGCUGCUUGAAGACCGUAAUAUCUCCAUGUUCAAGCUUAGCGGCCAGUCUAGUCAAGAAUCCAGUAGCGCAUUGCUGGUCAGAAGCACUACAUCAGAAACGGAAAUUUUGUAACGUUUGUCGGAAAAGACUUGACGAUUGUGAUUCUAUUCAUUGUGAAAUUUGCCAGUACUAUGUUCACGUGGAAUGCCAAGAUUUCGCCGUGCCCGACUGCAAAGAAAACGCCACUUAUGCACCUGGAAAAGAAUUGGAAGAAGUCGUACACACGCAUCAUUGGCGAGAAGGAAACUUACCAAGCGGCAGUAAAUGCGAGCAUUGCAGGAAAACUUGUUCCAACACUGAAUGUCUUUCCGGAUAUCGAUGCGAAUGGUGUCGGAUGACCUGUCACGCUAUGUGCCAUCUAAACGUCGACAGAGAAUGCACUUUUGGUGUAUUAGGACCGAUCUAUCUACCUCCGCAUGCAGUCAGCAUUCCACGUACUGAAGUGCCUAUGGAAGCUAUUAUUGGCGUACAAGUUCGACGCAAGGAGACUUUAUCUCCACGCAGCACUUCUGAAGAAUUUAGUAGUGGCGGUGAUGCCAGUCGUUACAAAGAUGUUGAGGAUAAUUCAUCACAGUCUCAUGGUUCUACUAAAGACAAGCAAGAUAAGCAAAAAAAAGGGGAAGAAGAACGAGAUGAAGAAGUUAUAAAAGUUUUCGAUGGUAACAACUCUUUACGCAGGCGUAUAUUCAGAGUAAUAGUGGUAUCCAGGCAGGCGCCUUUGAAUCAAAUUCUUAUUCAGGCACUUCGUGCCUUUCACAUCACGAAAGAUCCGGAACAAUUUUAUCUUACUGAUUUGUAUUCGUCUGAGGAAGAUGUGCUGCACGAUCCCACGCCGACUUUAAAUUUACAUAGGAAAGAAGGCAAACGACCAGCAGUAUUUUUAAGAUUCAAGGAUAAAGACAAUGAUACAGGUGAAGUUCGUGUUUACCCUGGUAAAUUGCUAGUCUCACAGGCAUUCUGCACCAUACCUGUUGAUUCUAACACCACCGUUGCGGACCUGAUGAAAGAAUCGCUGAAAAGAUUCGAUCUUGAUUAUAAAUGCGAAGAGUUGCGCUGCCUGGAAGUUUUGUUGGAUAGAGGAGUGACGGAACGUGUCUUAUCAUGGAACGAACGACCGUGGGAAAUAAUGAAAAAUUUGGGAAGAGACAGCAUUAGGCAAAUGGAACUUAUGCGAUUUUAUAUACAACUGAAACAGGAUCCGCACGGUCCGAAUGUUGCACUGUUUUUAGGAAACUUACCGCCAAAUUUAUCGGAACGCAAUUACGAAAAUAUUUUAAUCGACUUACUUGGCAGAGAAAACAAAUUCCUCAAAGUCGGACCCAUCUACUACGAAUACGGAUCAAUGGUUAUUACUUUCCAAGACUCGGACACUGCUGUGAGGGCUUUAUAUAUUUUAAGGGAAUCACGUUUAGAAGAAAAGCAGCCAUUACUUGUUAUGCUUCUUCCUAACAUUGAAGAAACAAUGAUCCCAGCUGACGUACAUCCUCUUCUAGUAUUCGUCAACAUCAAAUCGGGCGGCUGUCAAGGCCUGGAGCUAAUUUCCAGUUUCAGAAGGUUACUGAAUCCAUACCAAGUAUUCGAUUUGGAUAUUGGGGGUCCUUUGCCGGGCCUGUACGUGUUUAGAAACAUACCAAACUACAAAAUAUUGGUUUGCGGAGGAGACGGUACUAUCGGCUGGGUACUGCAGUGUCUGGAUAAUGUAGGCCAGGAUUCGCAAUGUUCGUCGCCAGCUUGUGCGAUUGUACCCUUAGGAACUGGUAACGACCUGGCAAGGGUAUUAAGAUGGGGACCCGGUUACACGGGCGGAGAGGAUCCUCUAAAUUUACUAAAAGACGUGAUCGACGCCGAGGAAAUCCGCCUGGACCGUUGGACUGUGGUAUUCCAUCCCGAGGAGAAAACCGACAAGCAAGAAGAUAACGCGAAACAGGUCAAUUCCACCGGUAAGAAGAGGCAAAAACUGAGCAAAAUGAAAGUGACCAAUGAGCAAAUUAAAAAAACAGUAGUGGCGAGCGGCACGAGCGAAGACAAUUCCCAAAUCCUGGUGAUGAACAACUAUUUCGGUAUCGGUCUGGACGCGGACUUGUGCCUGGACUUUCACAAUGCCAGAGAAGAGAAUCCCGGCAAAUUCAUCAGUCGAUUGCACAACAAAAGCGUCUACGUUAAAAUGGGGUUGAAACGUUUCGUGGGCCAGGGCAAGGUUUGCAUCAGGGAUUUACAUAAGCUCGUCCAUCUGGAGGUGGACUUUAAGCGUAUUAAUAUACCGCAAGUUGAGGGUAUUAUUGUACUUAAUAUUUUAAGUUGGGGCUCGGGAGCUAAUCCAUGGGGACCGGAAAACGAUAGCAAGUUUGCCAAACCGACGCAUUUCGAUGGUCUAUUAGAAGUUGUAGGUGUUACCGGCGUAGUGCAUCUAGGACAAAUCCAGUCAGGUCUUAGGUCAGCUAUGCGAAUUGCUCAGGGAAAACAUAUUAAGAUACAUCUGCACGCUGAUAUUCCAGUACAAGUUGAUGGCGAACCAUGGAUCCAAAGCCCUUGUGAGGUUGUUAUUUUGAAAUCUGCGUUGAAGGCUACAAUGUUAAAGAAAAAGAAAUUCAAGCGUCGCCCGACGGAACCGAAUUUGGAACCGGCGACCAGCGACGCCGACGCCAACACGAACGGCGAAGACGGCCAAAAACCAAGCCAAAUAGUAGACGAUGCCAAUCAAGCGACACCGAAUCAGUCUACAAUCAACCAGAUUCAUCAGUGAAAGGGAAAAAUGACGUGUUUAGAGAUUAUUUUUCGGUUAUUUAUUUUAUAAAACGUUGGUUAAUAUUUGACAGAGACAGUUGACCUGAUUUUUGAAGGUGUAGUUUUUUUUGCGUUAAAAUUUUUAGUCUUAGUUUUAUGGGUAAAUUGAAUAUUUUUUUAGAUUUUAAAGUAUAUCAAAGACACAAAAAAAAAAGAAGAAAGUUUUUAAUUAUUAUUUCAAUUAAAUAAUUUUCUAUAUUAAAUAUAAACUUUAAUAUUAAGUCCUUUUUCAAAACAUCCAAGUGAUUAAGUAUAAUUCGAUAAGCUAUUUUUCUCUGACGUUCCAUGCCCUAUGGGCUAUUUUAUUUAGAAAUUCACUAUUGUGUAGAAUCGGGCAUGGAAAAAUUAAAACAAUUUUUACUUUUCAAAAAAAUAAUUGUAAUCGCUCGAUUACGUUUAUUGUAUGGUACUUAUUACCAAAAUCAACUUUUUUUGCACAAAAAAAUGGUGUUGAUUUGAUUUUUUAUUGAAAUAUCAAAUUAGUAAUCCGAUUCCUUUUUCAAAAAUUAAAUCUUCCCAACAAACAUUCCUUUUUUUCAUCAUAAAAUUGCCUUUUUUAGCAAAAGAGAGGGCAUUUAGUAAGUAGGUUGGGUUGAUCCUUAAAUCAUAAUCAGAGAUUGUUGGUACAACAACUAUUAAUUGCUUCAAAUAAUUAAUUAAAUCAAUAUUUGAAGCAUUUAAUUUAGUUAGAAGUAAUUAGUUUUCUCUCAAAUUUAAUUUCUCAAUCAUAAAAAAAAAGUUAUAGUGAAUAAGGAAGUGCCAAGGCUCGACAUACAAAACUAUCGCCCCCUUACAAAAUUUCGUUGAUGAGUUUUAGCAAUAAUUAAUGUUAUUAAAACUUAUCGUUAACGUUUCUUUUUUUAGCGAUUUUCUUGUACGUCAAUCAGCCUCUAACGUUAAUCUUGCUCUCCAGGAAGCGACAUUUAACGUAAAAGUAAAACCUGCCACGGUGGCGUCGGGCUCAAUUUCAUAUGCGCGCAUUCUGGAGCUUACGUAUAUGAAAAGCGACCAUGACAGGUUUUCAAAAAAAUAAAUAAAUUAUAAAUAAUAUAUAUAAAAAUUAUACCGUCUCUUUAUUUUGGCUAAAACAAAAGCGUUUAAUAUUUUAAAACAAAAAAUAUAUAAAAAAAUCCAAGUAUAUAAUUUUUAAUUAUUGUAAUAUACAUAUAAAUAAUAUAUUUUAAAAGGACAGUAUUUAAAAAAGGAAAACUGUAGUUCGUUUUAUUCUGGCCCGCUUCUGGUGUCUGAGGCACAAAUUCAAAUAAAAAAAAAAACGUAAAAUUCGGAUCGCUCAGAAGUGGGGUUGAAAUUAUAUAUUAAUGUAAAGUAUAAUACAUGUUAUAAUAGUAAAUUAAACUAUAGCUAAAAUAUAACUUAUUAAGUAAUUA